AACCAAUAACAAAUAACCAAUAAAUAAAUACACAAAUCUAGUCUUAAACAAAAAUGGAUAAGACAGACAAAUAAAGGAAAAUCAAAGUCAAGAUAAGCAUAACUGAGGACAAAUAAGCGUACAGUGAAAAGAUAACACUCCAUCCAUCCCGUCCUCAUGUGGUCUUAUUUACAAGUGUGUCAGUGCAGAAUUGGUGCAUUUAGUACAUAUGCAUCUCUUUAAAUCGAUAAUUUACUAAUAAUUAUCAAUUUAUAAAUUUGCAACAAAAUUUUCAUAAAAUGCCGAAAGGCAAACUUUUAGAGAAGGAUGGGAAACGUGUCUUGGGAGUGGAAUUUGCCCCGACGCAUCUCCCCCUCGAACGGCGUCUCCAAACAGCGUCCAUCAUCGCGUGGUUCUUAAUUAUGAUCGCCUGGCCUCUGGUCUCAUAUCCGGUCUUUUUUUACGCCACUUUUUUCACCCAGCACGGCUACCUCUUCACCAUCCCCUACUUAAUUUGGAUCUAUGCAGAUAAACAGCAGUGCAACAAAGGGGGGCGCAAGGUUGGGUGGACGCGCCGUUGGAAAUUGUGGGACCAUUAUCGUGACUAUUUUCCCAUAAAGUUGGUGAAGACGGUGGACCUCCCACCCGGCCAGAACUAUCUUUUCGGCAGCCAUCCGCACGGGAUUCUCUGCUCCGGAGCCUUUUCCACCUUCGCCACGGAUUCGCAUGAGGUCGAGAAGCUAUUUCCCGGCCUGAGCUUCUCCGUCCUCACGCUCGAGAUCAACUUCCUCCUCCCACUCAUACGCGACCUCAUUUUGGGCCUCGGAGUGUGUUCCGCGACGCGCGAGAGUAUGAAUUACCUCCUGAGCCGACCGGGUGGGGGAGUGGCUGCCGUGCUGAUUCCGGGGGGCGCACCCGAAUCACUGGAUUCUCAUCCUGGCUCCUACGUUGUCCAGCUCAAGAACAAGAAAGGCUUCAUCAAGGUCGCCAUGCAGAAUGGAGCCUCCCUCGUCCCUGUCUUCUCCUUCGGCGAGACUGAAAUAUUCGACCAACUCGCGAAUCCCAAGGGUUCCUUCCUACGCACAAUUCAGGACAAAUUGCAACAAAUGUUCCAAAUCGCACCCGCAGCAUUUCACGGGCGAGGAGUCUUCCAAUACUCGUUCGGCCCCUUACCCAGACGCAGAGCCAUCACGACCGUGGUCGGGGCUCCAAUUCCCGUCAAGAAAAUAGCUCAGCCGACGCUUGAAGAAUUAAAUGCGAUGCAUCAACGCUACGUGGACGCCGUGGUGGAACUAUUUUACAAGCAUCGCGACGAAUACGCACACGAUCCUACGCAUGUCAUCGCAAUUGUGUAAAAAUUUGCAAGUUCGCAAAUAGCUAUUUUUCGCAUAUGACAUAUGUAAGUAAACAUUUUGCUAGGAAAAUAAAAUACUGGAAAACUGCCCGAA